AUGACUACAGAUAAAAAUCGUGCGGAGAUCUUGAGCAAAGCUGAAGUUCGUCUAUGUCGAUUGCAUCCGUGGUCGAAUUUUCCAGGCUUUGGUUUCACUCUCGAACCAUCUCUCGGUCCUCCACAUCGAACAUGUAUGGUCGAAUCAAACAGUCCAGCCGAGGCAGGUGGUCUUCGAAUACGUGAUGUCAUCCUUGCCGUAAAUAAUCAACAGAUAUCCGAUACAGAUUUCAAUAGAAUACAAACGAUGAUCAACGAAGCAUACAAUCAAAAUAGUCGCAUAGAUCUACUUGUUAUUAAACAGAAAUCUUAUGAACUUGUUGAAAAAAGGAAAAUCAAAAUCGAUCAAGCUUCAGCGACUGUUAUCGAUACUCCGGCUACGAUGCCCGACAGCUACAGAAAUUUUCCACAGUUAACACCGCGAAUAUGCAGUAUUUGUAUUAGUGGCAAUGAAACAGUAUUUGGUUUUGAUCUAACUAGUGGCGUGAACAAAAUUGGUUUGUACGCUCAAAAAGUGUAUCCUAAUAGUCAAGCUGAACAUUCUGGUUUGCGGAAUAACGAUCGUAUAAUUGAAGUUAAUGGACAAAAUAUCGACGAGAAGUCGAGUCGUUCGAGUGCGAACAACUAUAGUGGAACAGUUCAGUGCCGCUCGGGAGACCUAACAAAAGAGCAGGUCGAUGCAAUUGUUAUUGCAACGGCGUCUUCACGUUUAGUUGAAGUUGUCUUGCAAGAGGCUGGUGAUACUGUGAGAAACGUGUACAAGAAUGAACAAAAAAGAGUCGGAACAAAUAUCAUCUGCACCAAUGGUGGAAAUCUGGCUUGUCAAAGAAUUUACUUCAUUCCAUGUCCUGACAUGUCUCACGAAGCGAACAAAUGGACAUUUCGAACGUUUGUUACAGAAGGAAUAACUACGGCAAUCAAUGAUAGAACAACACAAAUUCAAUCCAUAGCAUUUCCUGCGAUUGGCUGCGGAAAAUUCGGCCACGAUCCGAAUUUCGUUGCUCAAACAUUAGUUGCAGCUGUGGUGUAUGAAUUCAACAAACAGCCAUCACUAAAGCUUGAUGUUUAUUUUGUUAUUCAAAGUAAUCAAAGGGAAGCUUUCGAUGCAUUCAAGAACGAAUGUAUCGCAUUAGAAAAUCAAAGAAAUCCUCAGAUACGGCGAGAUGAAGAUGAUUUUACUGUAGCAUUACGUACCCUAACGCUUCAGAAUGAAUAUUACACUAAGAUCGAAAACAGAUUUUUCGAAACGAUGACGUCAAAGCAAUGCAAGAAAAUUGUCGCUAUUCAAAUGAUCUGGCACAGACGUUGGUUUUUGCAAUACAGAGCUCACAGAGCAGCAUUCUAUCAACGAUUAAAGAAAGAAACUGAGCAAUUACUAUUUCACGGCUGCUCGGAGAUUGCAGCCAGCGGUAUUAUAGACCAAGGUUUUGAUCGUAGUUAUGCUGGCAAACACGGCACGAGUUAUGGUUAUGGUGUUUACUUUUCAACAAUGGCAAGCUAUAGUCAUUCUUAUGCAUCUCCCAACUCGAAAGGAGAACGGUGUAUGUUUUUGGCACGAGUUCUUGUUGGAAAUACUGUCAAAGGUAAUUCAUCGAUGAAAGUCUGUCCCCCAGGAUACGAUACGACAACAGAUGGAAAUCAUAUUUAUGUGAUCUAUCACGACGCUCAAGCAUUUGGAGGGUAUUUAAUUACAUAUAAAUAA